AAAAAAAAAUAUCAAAUUUACAACUCCUGUCUGAAUCUGAGAAAACCUGACCUGAUCAACCUCUCUCUUUCUCUAUCUCUCUCUCUAAAUUCCAGAACCGGGCCGUUUUGGCAAAUUUUCCUUUAUAUUAAAGAAAAACAAUUUUAGCAUAACGAGAAGAAAUUAUUAUUAUUUUUUUUUUCGUUGAAAAAUUGAAUCGAAGAGAGCGGAAAAAGUAAAAUAUAGAAAAGUGGAAGUAAGAGUAGGUUGGAGUUUUUUUUUUUUUUUUUUUUUUUAAUCGAAUUGAAAGCUUCCAUUUUAAUCAGGUUAAGAUUUUAGGGAGGGGGGAGAGGGACAGAGAGAGAGAGAGAGAGUGAGGGGCGAGGGUUAGGGUUCCUGAUUUUGAAUUUUGAUUUUUAAGAUUUUUUUUUUCUUUUCUUUUUUUGGGUGAAAAGAUGAAGGAUGUGAUAUUGCAUAUAUACGAUGUGACGAAUAGUGGAUCGGAGAAGACCAACAACACCAUUGUUAAUAUCAAUAAGAUAUUCAAGGACGGUAUUGGCCUCGGCGGUAUCUUCCACAGCGCUGUUCAGGUUUAUGGAGAUGAAGAAUGGUCAUUUGGGUUCUGUGAGCAAGGAAGUGGAGUUUUUAGUUGCCCUUCUGGGAAGAAUCCAAUGUACACCUUUCGUGAAUCCAUUAUUCUUGGUCAAACAAGUUUUUCGAUCUCCAAGGUAAAUCAAAUAUUGAGGGAACUAAGCAGAGAGUGGCCUGGAAAUUCAUAUGACCUGCUAUCAAAAAAUUGCAAUCACUUCUGUGAUGAGUUCUGUGAAAUGCUUAAUGUACCAAAGCUUCCAGGCUGGGUUAAUCGUUUUGCUCACGCGGGUGAUGCUGCCAUGGAAGUGGCGGGAAAUACAGCAGUAAAGUUCAGACAAGCCAAGACAGAGAUCAUAUCAGCUAGCAAAGUGGCUUAUCGUUUUCUUUUGGGUGUUACUAACAAUGUCGUAUCUUCUCCUGAUUCCACGGGCAAUUCAAACAGAGGCUCUCCUAAAUUUCAAGCUGCUUGGUUUAAGAACAUGAUUACCUCUGGUGCAAAACCAUCUAGUAGUUCAGAAAUUGCGAAUCAGGAGGAGGAUACACUUCGCCAGCAUCGUCCACCCGCAGAUUUUCCGUUGAGACAAAACUCACUGUCACAGGAUUGAUAUUUGAGGGUUCUGACACAUUAUUGCUAUGUGCACUAGUUGAAACAAUGAAAAAGGCUAUUUGACUUACUCAUUUGUGUAUCAAUGUAAAAUUUCAUUACUUCAACUGAAAUCUGCUAAUAGAUGUCCCAGAAAGCUAAGGUACUCAUUGCUUGGAUUGUUAUUAUUGUGGGUUUUCCCCGUCCUACGUGAUAUGUUGGAGUUUUGGUCGCUUCUGUUA